UUAGCAAAUCUUAUCCCGUGGGAUUCUUAAAUGCAAAUCUGGCCUCGUUUCCGUUGGCACGACGUCUGGAAUCCAGAUUACUCCCUUCUCCCUCUUCAAUAAAACCCUAACAGCAAGAAAAUGAGUGCCACGCUGGAGUGCCCCAAGGGAAGAAGAAGAGAACUGUAAGAGGAUCGGGAUAGUGAGUUUGGGCACUUUUAUCCCCCCUGCUCGUUCGAAUUCCGGGAGAUGUCGCUGCGUAUAAAGGCCGUGGUGGACAAGUUCGUUCAGGAGCUUAAGGAGGCACUUGACGCUGACAUCCAGGAUCGCGUCAUGAAGGAGAGAGAGAUGCAAAGUUACAUUGAGGAACGCGAGCGCGAGGUAGCUGAGCGCGAGGCCGCCUGGAAAGCCGAGCUCUCACGUCGCGAGGCAGAAAUCAGUCGUCAGGAGGCCAGGCUGAAAGUGGAGAGGGAAAACCUUGAGAAAGAGAAGAGUGUGCUCAUGGGUACUGCUUCAUCUCAAGACAACCAGGAUGGUGCACUUGAGAUCACCGUCAGUGGAGAAAAAUACCGCUGCCUCAGAUUCUCUAAGGCAAAGAAAUGAGGUUCUUCAUGCAAUAUAUAGUUUUACUCUGCUGGUAAGGGGAAUGUUAGAAUUUUGUGCAUAGCAUAUCUGAUUAAUUUCUGUUUGAUUGUGAUUAAAAUUUGGAAAAAUAAUUGAAGGUUUAUAUUAAAGGAAAUGUUGAAAUAACAUCUGUUAAAGAUAAGGUGAUUUGGAUAUGUAUGAUAAAGGUUAGAGGAGGUUUCCACUAGGGGUGUAAACGAGCCGAACAUGAGCAUUGACUCGUUUAUAUUU